CUGAACUUUGGAAUCAGGGAAACGGUCUGUCCCAAAGCCUCAGACACCGACCCGGAGAAGUGCAAUUUCAAAAUGGGUUUCUUCGUGGCCACGGCGUCCUGCUCCAGCCGAGUACGUGUCUCCUCCGGACUCUCGGAGCUCGUCUCCCUCAGGUGUAGCCGCUCCGACAGCUCCAGCUCCGAGUCCAACAGCGGGGAGGCACUCCGAAGGCUGAGUGGAAUGAGUGGACAGAGCCACUUCGGGAUUGGAGGCCCGGUGAACACCCCCACUCAGAGGACCGCUGUGGACAACCACCUUGGGGGGAACGGCAUGGAUAACUUCAUGCUGUAAAAACGCAUGGCUCACCGGAGUUCACUUCGCACAAAAUGUCAAAGAUAAUCACUGUGCAGAGGGACAAGUUUUGAAUUUUAGUCAUCGACUGUUUGGGAUUCACAACAAAAAGUCAAUACUUGUCUUGGAUAUGAUUAUCUUUUGUUAAAGGUAUUUUGUUCAAUGUACAUUUAACAAAACAUAAUCAUAUCCAUAGAAACAUGCAAGUGUAUAAUCGGAACACACUCUAGGGUUGUGAUUGGCUCAGAUAUCUGUGCCUUCUCCUUUGAUUGGUCCAGCAGACAGACAGACGGCGUUUGACUGAGCCCAGAUUCGGGGAAGACGCCAGACAUCCACUGAAACCCAGUGAAAUACAGGCUUUCAGAGCUGCACGGCUGCGCUGCUGGCAUCAUUAUCCACUGACCCAGAAACACACAUAUCCCCACAGCUGUGUUCCACUUCACCCGUCCCUCAACAAGCAAUACUGCUGUAGCCUCCCAGCUCAAAUACAGUAGCAGCCCUGCUGAAAAGAAAGACCAGCUAAGACCAGCUGGCAUUUGAAGCGGGUUUAUGCUAUUUUCAAGUUCCAGGCUAGCUGGUCAUAGUCUCUAGCUGGAUAAAGCUGGUCAAAGAGUAAGCCGGUGGUAAACUGGCGGAUGGUAGGUUUAAGAUGGAAUUUUCAGCAGCUCCAAACAUAUUUCGCCUCAACUUGCACUCUGACAUCAUCAAUCUGAAUUCACAUUCCUUGGCACACAACGUAACUGCUCCAUAUAACCGUUAAACACCUUGCAUCAUGUAGCUACUGACCCAGUUUGUUGCUACAAACUCUCAUAAAAUUGAUAAUGUGUCAGUGGCCUCGUCU